AUGGGUUCAACUGAACAACUGACAUCUGAACAUUUUGAGCAGCGCAGUUCGAGGAAUGCCAUCCACAGUAGUGGUAAUCAUGAGUCAGCGAAACGAACGCCACGAAAAGGAGGACACUUGAAGUUGCUGUUGUGUUUGACGGGAACUGGGGCAGUGCUGAUUGGGAUACCGUGCAUUGUGAUGGUUGGCGUUCGACUAGGCUUUUUUCAUGUGAAUGAUGUCGGAAUUGCGAUCACUUAUUCAGGACCUGGUGCAGAAGAAUUGAAAGCGUUCGAGGCGUUUGGAAAAAUUGAUUGA